GAUUCUUAUUACCUCCAUUAAUAGAUACGCCACUCUCUAUCAAGCCUAUUUCAGCUCCUAAUAUCAACUUACAUUAAAUUAUUAUGAGUACCUUCUCAUCGACUAAUCAAUUUAUACAUAAAGUAUUAAAAACUAUUGAUAAUAAAGACCAAGUUGAAAAGAUAGUCAAAGACAAUCAACAAGCUAUUAAUGAAAAAGAUGAACACGGCGACACUUUACUUCAUUUUGCUUCAAGAAUUCAUAACUUACCUAUUAUGUCCUUACUCAUUCAACAUGGUGCAGAUCCAGAAGCCAUCAAUGAGCAUGGAAGAAGACCCAUUCAUGAAGCUAUUGAUUCACUCGAAUGUCUUGUAUUUCUUAUUCAAACUUGUCAUGUUGAUGUGAAUGCCAUGAAAAGAGGUGAUUGGACACCUGUUAUGAUUGCAUGAAAUUUUGAAGUGGUAAAAGUUUUAGUUGAAGCAGGCGCCUUAUUAAAUAGAACCACUAAAGAUGGAAGAACAGCUUUAUACUUGGCUGUACAAGAAGGGCAUGUUGAAGUG